UUUGUGUGGAAUAUCAGAACAAAGAAAGUAACGUUUUAAGAUCUUAGAAAAUAAUCACAGUUGUGUUAACAAAAAUAAAAAACAUUGUACUCAGCUGUUCGCAUGACCUCAUCUUACGGGGACUUUACAUGGCACAUCAUGAUGCGUGGUCACUGUAAUGGUAUUGGUGAUAAUAAGGGUAUAAGCCAUUACAUAAUGACACUACCUGGUAUGUACCGUUAACAGCUGAGCACAAUUUUCUCUCGCGAAGUACACUAUCUGUUUGGUUGAGUGGGUGUGUGUAUUAUAGUUGAGAAGCAUGCCAAACACAAACAACGAAAAAUGGUGCGAACUAUUGUAGUAACAUACACAAAAUCAGAGUUGCACUAAUCACUGAUUUUGACAAAUAGUGUACUCAAUAUUUUGUUGUUGGGCAACUGCCACUACCUGUAAAUGAAUACCAGAACAAAGAAAACAUCGUUUUAAGAUCUUAGAAAAAAAUCACAGUUGUGUUAACAAGCGUUUGACAUCUAGAUUUAUUGAAAAAUCGAAACAAAAAAAAACAUUGUACUGAACUGUUCGCAAGUCCUCAUCUUAUACCUUACAUGGCACAUCAUGAUGCGUGGUCAUUAUAAUAGCAUUGCUGAAAAUAAGGCCAAGCCAAGUUAGAAAUCAAAAUAAAGUGAGGACAACGUUUUACGUGGAUUUUCGGAAAGUCAGCCACCAACUACUUAGCAGCUAACUAAACAUACGGGUUACAAUAUGUCUGUCAGAGAUCAAAUUAAAAUCGACAUAGAAUGGGGCCAUGAACGCCUUGUGCGUGCCCAACAAGUGGUAGAAAUGCGUCCCUACGAUAUUGAGUCCUGGUCCACAUUGUUGCGCGAGGCCCAAACUAGACCGGUCAGUGAGGUGCGAAGUUUAUAUGAGUCAUUGGUAAAUGUGUUCCCAACAACGGCACGCUACUGGAAGAUCUAUAUUGAGCAGGAAAUGAAGGGGCGCAACUUUGAACGAGUGGAAAAACUUUUUCAAAGAUCUUUGGUGAAAAUUUUAAACAUAGAUUUGUGGAAAUUGUAUUUGACAUAUGUGAAGGAGACUAAAGCCGGCUUGAGUACACAUAAAGAAAAAUUGGCGCAAGCUUAUGAUUUUGCUUUGGAAAAAAUUGGUAUGGACUUGCAUUCAUUUUCCAUAUGGCAAGACUACAUAUCAUUCCUGCGAAGCGUCGAAGCGGUGGGAAGUUAUGCGGAAAAUCAAAAGAUAACAGCAGUGCGUAGGGUCUACCAGAAAGCUGUAAUAACACCCAUUGUGGGCAUAGAACAAUUAUGGAAAGAUUACAUACAAUUCGAGCAUGGCAUCAACCCAAUAAUAUCGGAGAAAAUGGCUUUGGAGAGAUCUAAAGACUAUAUGAAUGCUCGUCGGGUGGCCAAGGAAUUGGAAAAUAUUACCAAAGGUCUUAAUCGCAAUCUACCUGCAGUACCACCAAAUUUAUCUAAAGAAGAAAUCAGACAGGUUGAGCUAUGGAAGAAAUUCAUAGCCUUUGAAAAAUCCAAUCCCUUGCGUACGGAAGACACAGCACUUAUCACUCGUCGUGUUAUGUUUGCCACCGAACAAUGUUUGCUGGUGCUUACCCACCAUCCGGCAGUUUGGCAUCAAGCAGCUCAAUUUUUAGAUCAAAGCUCUAAAGCUUUAACCGAAAAAGGAGACACACAAGCUGCAAAAAUAUUUGCCGAUGAGUGUGCCAACAUCCUGGAGCGUUCCAUCAAUGGAGUUCUCAACAAAAAUGCUUUGCUAUACUUUGCCUAUGCCGAUUUUGAAGAGGGACGCAUGAAAUAUGACAAAGUUCAUGCUAUGUAUAAUAAGUUUUUGGCCAUUCCUGAUAUCGAUCCAACACUCGCUUAUGUGCAAUACAUGAAAUUUGCCCGCCGUGCCGAAGGCAUUAAAUCUGCUCGAGCUGUCUUUAAGAAGGCCCGUGAAGAUGUACGUUCACGUUAUCAUGUUUUUGUUUCGGCUGCUCUCAUGGAAUACUACUGCUCCAAAGACAAGGAUAUAGCCUUUCGUAUUUUCGAAUUGGGUUUAAAACGUUUUGGUGGUAGUCCCGAAUAUGUCAUGUGCUACAUUGACUAUCUAUCUCAUUUGAAUGAAGACAACAACACUAGAGUGCUGUUCGAAAGGGUGUUAUCAUCGGGUGGUUUAACACCCCAACUUAGUGUAAAUGUUUGGAAUCGUUUUUUGGAAUUUGAAUCAAACAUCGGAGAUCUUUCGAGUAUAGUAAAGGUUGAGAGGAGAAGAAGUUCGGUGUUGGAAAAUCUAAAAGAAUAUGAAGGCAAAGAAACCGCUCAAUUGGUGGAUCGUUAUAAAUUUUUGGAUUUGUAUCCCUGCUCUACGAUAGAAUUAAGAUCGAUUGGUUACACAGAGAAUGUAGGCAUCACUCUAAAUAAAAUAGCGGCGAAUGGCCCUGGAGCUCCAGCGGCCAAAGAAGAACCUGAAACAGAACCCGCUGUGCAAUUACCAAAACCAGAUUUCUCACAAAUGAUUCCGUUUAAGCCCAAAGCAAAUGCCUAUCCCGGAGCCCAUCCCUUGGCGGGGGGUACCUUUCCUCAACCGCCAGCUUUGGCGGCUUUGUGUGCCUCUUUGCCACCGCCUGUAUGCUUUAGAGGGCCUUUUGUAUCCAUUGAAAUGUUAUUUGAUAUCUUCAAUCGCAUAAAACUGACGGAUGCACCUCCUUUGCCCUCCGGUGAUCCUGGUUGCGAUACAAAAAUCUUUGAUUUAGCAAAAUCUGUGCAUUGGAUUGUCGACGAGAGCAUUUGUGCUGGCGAUGCGGCCACCGGUGUUAAACGACGACGCAUGUUGCCCGGCGGCGAUGAUAGUGACGAAGAAGCUCCCGCUGCUGCACCACCUGUCAAUGAUAUCUAUCGCCUAAGGCAACAGAAACGUUUCUCCAAAUAAUAACAAGGUACAGUUGAACAAAAUAAAAACGCCACGUUUUUAAUUUA